AUUGUGAAUUAUUUAUUUAUUAUUCAUAUUUUAGGCAUCUUUUUGUGUUUAUAUUUAUCUAAAUCAACUGAACAUCAGUCAUAUUUCUGGUUUUUUUUUGAUAUAAUCAAAAAAGGAACGUGUCAGAUAUAUGUAUAUAUUUAUAUUUUAAUAUUUCAAUUGUUUUAUUAGAAACCUAUAAACAUGAGUAUUAACAAAAGUAUGAUACCAAUUAAAUUAAGUUUUUUCUUCUUUUAUGGAUGUAUUGGCCCUAUAUAUAUAUUUCUUCCCACAAUAACAAAGCAAUUAGGAUAUACAAUGUCGACAUAUGGAACUAUUAUGACUUGUGCAACAUUAUUGGGAAUGAUAGCAUCACCUAUAUUUGGGCAAAUUGUUGAUAAAUAUCCUGUUCGAAAAAAAAUAUUUUUCACAGCCAUGAUUAUUGGCGGUGCAUGUUGUUUGUCGAUCAUGUUUAUUCCUGGAUUUCCAUUGGAUACAAAUUCAGAAUUGGUUUGUGGUAAUGAGACGUAUUUAAAUGUUAUAUCCCAAACUUAUCAACAAUCAGUAUGUGAUGAUAAAAAAUUAUUUAACCCAAUGAACAGUGGAAUAAUUAAUUGCGAAUUGCGCUGUCAAAGAAUACCAUUCACUAUUGAACCAUUAAAAAAGGAAGCAGAAUGUGAAAAUUGUUUCAAUAAUUUAAUGAUGAACGAAUCUUCAAGUCACUUAAUAAAAUCAAUACAAGAUAACUAUCCGUUUAAAAUUUCAAUUAAUGUUAAUUUUACAGAACACAUACAAUAUAUAUACGUGUUUCGUGUAUUGUCAGCUCAAUUAAAUGAUACUCAGAUAUUGAAAUUAAAUUGUGUAAAUUACGUAAAAUCAUCUUGCCAUUUAAAUUGUUCAAAUGAUUUAUUAAUGGAUUUGGCUUCUACACCAGCAAUCACGGGAAGCGUAACACAAUAUAAUCAAUUUUGGAUAUUUUUUAUUGUAUUGGUAAUGAUGUCUAUUUCCUUUAAUAUUACGGAUAAUUUACAAACAUCUCUUUGCCUUGAUCUUUUAGGUCAAAAUCAUCAUUACUUUGGAAAAAACAAGUGUUGGACAUCUAUUGGAUGGGGUGUUUUUUCAAUUAUAGGCGGUUGGCUUGUAGACAAUUUCAGCCCAAAUCCUAGGCACAAAAAUUAUUCACCAAUUUUUCUUUCAUCUAUAAUGCUCACAAUUUUUUAUUUGAUUGUGGCAUUGAAAAUUAAAAUAGUUGAAACUACUGGAAAAAAAAACAAUGUUGAUGGACAAUUUGUAUCAGUAAGAUUAUUUAGAAAGUGUUAUGUGCUUAUUUUUUUCACAUGGAUAUUUGUGAUGCAAUUUUUUCAUUCAAUAAUUGCCCAUUUCCUAUUUUGGUAUUUAGAUGAUUUGGCUGAUAAUUACGAGUGUAGUAAACGAGAAUGGAUGAAGACAGUGCAAGGUUUAGCUCAAGGAAUCCAGUGUUUUGGCGGAGAAUUACCCUUUUAUUUUUGGUCUGGUUGGAUAAUACAAAAAUUAGGAUAUUUAAAUUGCAUGGCGUUGUCAUUAGGUGUUUUGUCAAUAAGAAUGUUUUUGUAUUCAACAUUGACUAAUCCUACAUGGGUUAUAUUAAUUGAAAUAACAAAUGGUAUAUCUUAUGCGCUUGCAGUGGCUGCUAAAAUGUCAUAUGCAAAACUUAUUUGUUCUCCAGAUCAACUAAAUUCCACAAUAGGUUUUGUAGGUUUUUUUAUAAUAGGAGCUGAUUCAUUAGGAAGUUUUGUUGGUGGACAUUUUUAUGAGGCCUAUGGAGGUGUCAAAAUGUUCAAAUAUUGCUCAUAUUUAGUUGGGAUAUUGUGCAUAUUACAAAUAUUGUGUAAUUAUUUCGGUCUAUCGAAAGAAUUUAAGGAAAAAAAUGUUUCUACGAGUAUACAAGAAAAUAAAUUGGAUUCAAAACUUUAAUAUAAUAGAUGAAAGAAUCAAAAUGAAUCUUGUUCCUUGUUAUAUUAAUAUUUAAUCAUUAAAAGUAUUAACAUGUG